CGCCACACGUGGUGAGAAAAAUGAUUGGCGCCUACGAUAACAUCUUGAUGGCCAGCGUGUCAUUCAACAACCUCUACGGGCCCUCCCUAACGGCAAUCCUUGUCAAUGUUAUAGCCUGUCUAGUUCUCACUCCCUACGUACUCUAUCAACAAAUCCUCAAUGCCAAGGAAUAUGGAUUUUUGUUUACGCAAUCCUACUGGAUGACCUGCCAUGUCCUCAGGCUGCUAUUCUUGAUCCAUCCUUGCCAUGAGGGCCACAAGCAGGCCAUCCGGCUGAAGCGAACCACUGUGAAGUUGGCCGCCACCGAUUGGCCCAAAGAUGUCCACAAGCAGAUUAAGCUGCUGCUGCUGCAGGUCAGCGAGAAUAAAAUCGAGUUUAAUGCCGCCGGACUAACAUUGAUCAAUCGAACUUUACUGCCGACGAUUGGAAGCGCUGUCUUUACCUACUUGGCCAUUUUGUUCCAGUACAAAAACAACACUUAACUACUGGAUUAAAUGGCUGUAAAACUGUUCAUCUCCAUCGCAAUAUUUACGCAUUCGCUGCAGGCAUUUAAUGGAGAACUGAUGAUCAGGCAAACUUCUUGGACGCAUCUUUUAGUAACAUUAGUUGUUUUCCUUGCGUGUAAUAAUCGUUC